AUGGGCCGACCCAUUUGGGCCGGCCCAUGGGCCAUGCCCAGGUCUAGUCGCAACUUGCGACUCGCAAGUUGCCUAAUUGCCUAUACCGUAGGGCCCUCUUCGCUUCCUCCGAGCUCCCAACCAGACCUCUCCUACGUCGACGAUAUAUUUGAUCCCAACCUUGAUCUAAAUAUUGAUCCUAGUCUGUUUAACAGCUAA